AUGUCGGGCAUCGCACGCAAGAUCAUCGUAUGUGCCGCACUCGAUGGCCUCAUCAUCCAGCCCUUGUCAUCAAAGGGGCAGAGAUCCUUCCAACCCGUGCGGGUCAAGUACGGAGAAUCAUCCGUGUCUGCGGUCCCCAGGGAGCAGGUGCCCGACACAACAAAGGCGGAGACGUCGUUUGAAGCGUUCGGCGUGAUAGGUCUCAUCACCGUGUCGAGGCAAAGCUACCUCGUCACCAUCACACGCAGAAAGCAGGUUGGCCAGAUUCUCGGCUUCCCCAUCUAUUCCGUCACCGAUGUUGCCCUCACGCCGUGCACCUCCAAGGCCGAUGCGGAGGAGGCCAUCGGACGAACGGCGAGCCUGCUGCGGAGCGAUGCCGCCACGACGUCGAGCGCGGACGCCGAAAGCACCGAUGACGAGGCCGAAUUUCUGGACAGCGUCCCCGACGAAUUGGAGGACGUCGUGCCCUCCGAAGGGGAUGCGAGCCCUGACCCAGCACGCUCCAGCGUUGUCGACGAUGUUCUUCGCCUCAAAGGAAGCUACGGCAGAUUCGCCCAGAGCUGGUUUAGCAACCGCGGAUGGGCCAUGGACCAGAGACGGACCAUGGGAAUAAGUGUCUCGGCGACGAACCAGGACGCAGCCUCGGCGACGACGACCAAGCCUGUCCAGGACGCCCAUGAUCCGAUUCCCGUCUCCUCGCUGCUUCCCAAACUUCUCCGUACCGCCAAGGUUCUUUUUGGCUCCUCCCGUAGCUUCUACUUCUCGUACGAUGUCGACAUCACGCGCAAUCUCGCCCAGGGCGGCCUGUUGUCCACGUCCACGGCUCCGCUCCACACCCAAUCGGACAAGGAUUUCUUUUGGAAUCGACACAUCUUGCAGCCAUUCGUGGAAAUGGGACAGGAAUCGCUGGCCUUGCCCCUGAUGCAGGGGUUUGUUGGCCAGCGUGAGUUUGUCGCCGACAGCCACCCGCCGAAGAAGGCUGAGAUGGGCAAUCUCGCCGCCUCGACCGAAGUCCCUAGCCCUCCGUCGUCGGGAAAAGCGAGGGCGUCCACCGAAGUUCGACAGUCGGAGAAAACGUUUCUCCUCACGCUGAUAUCCCGCCGAUCUACCCAGCGUGCGGGGCUCCGGUAUCUUCGCCGCGGCGUCAAUGAAGAUGGUUUCACCGCGAACAUGGUCGAGACGGAACAAAUCCUUUCGUCGCCGGCGUGGGAUGCCGGCUUGCCGAUACGUUCGUUCUUGCAGAUUAGGGGCAGCAUCCCCCUCUUCUUCUCACAGUCGGCCUAUGCACUCAAGCCUGCACCUCUCAUCCAACAUUCGCAAGAUGCAAAUUAUAGCGCGUGCAAGUUGCACUUGGAGAGAUUGGAGAAAAGCUAUGGAGCCUUGCAGAUUGUCAAUCUCGUCGAAAAACAAGGAAUCGAGGAGCCACUUGGAACGCAGUAUCAAAAGAACAUUGAGCGCUUUAAUGCAGAGGCCAACGAUGGGCACAAGAUUCCUUUCGAAUGGUUUGACUUUCACCGAGAGUGUCGCGGUAUGAAGUUUGAAAACGUGAGCCAUCUGUUGCUCAAGCUCCAGCGUGGGCUCGAGGAGAUGGGCAGCACGACGUACGAGAAUGGCGAGUUGUCUCAAAGGCAAAAGGGCGUGCUGCGAACAAACUGCAUGGACUGCCUGGACCGAACCAAUGUUUGCCAAAGCUCGUUCGCAAAGCACAUGUUGGAGCGGCAGCUGCAGGACGUCGGAAUCGACCUGAACGCUCAACUAGACCAAGAAACGGCUUGGUUCAACAUGCUCUGGGCAGACAACGGAGACGCCGUGUCGAAGCAGUACGCGUCCACGGCUGCCAUGAAGGGCGACUACACGAGGACGAAGAAGAGGGACUACCGAGGAGCACUGAAUGACCUGGGGCUAUCCCUUGCUCGGUUUUAUAAUGGCAUGGUGAACGACUAUUUCAGCCAGGCUGCCAUCGACUUUCUGCUGGGUAAUGUCACCGCCAAGGUCUUUGAAGAGUUUGAGUCGGACAUGAUGACAAAGGACCCCGCCGUUUCGAUUUCCAACAUCAGAGAGCGAGCGGUGAAGCUGUGUCAGAAUAGGGUUGUUGCCGACCCUGACGAAGAGGUCCAAGGCGGCUGGGUUCUCAUCAGCCCCAGUGCGGCCGACGUCGUCAAGUCUUGGCCCAUGGACGAGGUGGUGCUGCUCUUGACCAGCGCUGCGUUGUACCUCUGUCGUUUUGACUGGGACCUAGACAAGGUGUCCUAUUUUGAGCGAGUCCACCUCGGCAAUGUGACGCACAUCAAGGUUGGAACCUACAUCACAUCGACGAUUUCCGCCUCACAUAUGGAUGAGACGCGCAACGUCGGGUUCGUCGUGGAGUAUCAACCAGGGAAGAGCAAUAUCCGGAGGACCAACACAAGAACGCUUUCGACCCUUGGAAGCAUCGCCCCCAACCGGAGUUCAGGUAACCGCAACGGUGCAAACCUGCCGGUGGGGUUCACGAGCUUCUUUUCCAGCAAACCCAAGUCUGGUGCGCUGCGCAAACUCGCGUUCAAGGCCCCCUACGCAGACUCAUCUAGCACCACAUCUAGCAAGCCGUCGCAGCAAACAGAGCUCCAACAGGUGGAGAUGAUAUGCACCGAAAUUGGCCGCCUCGCGUCCAACCUGCAACAAGACGAGGAGUACGCCAAGAAGAUUAUCGAAAAGGGGGACAUCAUAUCGCUUCAGGAGGCAAAGCGGAAUACGGGUUUGCUUGAGCAGCUGGGACACUCUAUCAAGAAGCUGUUGAACCAGGCCUCACUCGCACUCUCUCCCCUGGCAUUUCGCUGCACAAUCCCCAAACGAGACGACAUCCAGCCUUUGGUGCCAAUUAUGGUCGAACUUCCAUUCAUUCACACUUUAGGCAAGGUAACGAUGGUAUGUUUCACUGAACUCUCCGCCAACGAGUUUGGUAAGCCUUGA